GGAGAGAAGUGGGAGAGGUCGCGGCCCCGCCUCUCCCCUCCUACCCUAGACACGGAAGCUCAGUGGCCCCGAUGCCAGGAUGUCCCACGCUUGGGUCUCCGGCCUCGCACCCACCUUACUGCUCAGCCUGCUGGCCGGCCUGCAACAGGCGAGAGCUCGGGAGGGUACAGCCAGAUGUGGCCUCUUCUUCAUCUGCCCUAAUGGAUUCAAAUGCUGUGGUAAUAGCUGCUGCCAGGAGAACGAGUUUUUCUCAGGCCCCUUGAGGAUCUUCAUCAUCAUCUUGCUGGUCAUCCUACCCCUCUUGUGCAUCUGUGGCCUGGCUAAGCAUUUCUGUCGCAGCUGCAUACAGCCAGAGCAGCGGAAUCUUCAGGAGUCCUCAGAGCUGCCCUCUUUGCCCCCUCCAGAGAGGGUCAGGGCGUCCCCUGCUGACCCACCACCCCCCUACAGUGAGGUCAUUAUGAAGCCCACCCUGGGCCUAAUGCCCACAGAGCCCCCCCCUCCCUACAGCUUCAGGCCUGAAGAAGAUGGUGGGGUUCAGAGGGGCAUUGACAACCCAGCCUUCUGAGCCUCCUCCUGCCUGGAACCUUGCCUUCAGCAGCCUCUGCAGCACGUGCUGGAGCAAGCCAGAGACUUCUGGGACCCCUGGAAUGCCUUGCGCACCCUGCCAUGGCUCUGGCCAUACUUGAAUUUAACUUAUUACUUUUCUUGCCCUUGUUCCACCUAGCUGUCUCUCUUAUCCUGAGGGCUGGGCUGGUGUGACUAUAUCUGCCCCCAGCCAACCCAUGUUAGAGCCUGUCAGGAGGAAAAUGCUAGCCACCAGAGGUGCCCAGCAGUGGAAUGGGCUACUCUGUGGGGUAGUAAGAACCCCAUUUCUGGAGGUAUGCAAAUGUCCAAUAGAUAGCCAGCUCUGAGAUAUUUGGAGGGCACCUCAGUGCCCAUGGGAGAUUGGACUAGAUGAACUCUGAGCCACAGUCCAACUCUACCUGAACAGAGAAGACCCCAAUGUACCUUCCAACACAUGGACAAAAUACUUGUACUCACUAAAUGUUAGCUAAUUGUG